AUGUAUCUAUCUAUCUCAACUUGUUCAUAUCUUUCUAUCUCAAUAAGUUCAUUUCUACCUAUCUGUCUCAAUUUGUUCAUCUCUCUCUCUCUCUCUCUCUCUCUAUCUAUCUAUCUAUCUAUCUAUCUAUCUAUCUAUCUAUUUAUCUAUCUAUCUAUCUAUCCAUAUUGUGAAUUUUCUGUCACAAUUUGUCUAUCUCUGUCUGUCUAUCUAUCUAAAUUUUCUCAUAUCUAUCUAUCUAUCUAUCUAUCUAUCUAUCUAUCUAUGACAGUAUUUAAUCUAUCUAUCUAUGACAUAUUUAAUCUAUCUAUCUAUCUAUCUAUCUAUCUAUCUAUCUAUCUAUCUAUCUAUCUGUCAAUCACAAUUUGUUCAUCUCUGUCUCUAUCUCUUUAUAUAUCUAAAUUUGUUCAUCUCUCUUUAUCUAUAUAUCUAACUCAAUUUGUUUAUCUCUCCUUAUCUAUCUCAAAUUCCUCUUUCACUCUUGCUCAAUCUAAUCUAUCUAUCUAUCUAUCUAUCUAUCUAUCUAUCUAUCUAUCUAUCUCAGUUUGUUCAUCUUUCUAUCUUUCUCAAUUUGUUCAUCUCUUUCUCUCUAUCUAUCUAUCUCUCUCUAUCUAUCUAUCUAUCUAUCUAUCUAUCUAUCUAUCUAUCUCAAUUUGUUUCCAUCUUCUGUUUCAUUCUUUUCUCUUUCUACUACCUUUUCCUUCUUCAAUCUCAAUUUCUCUUAAAUUUGCAUUUUUACUGUUUUUUUCACCUUCUCUCUUUUCUCUUUAUUGCCUUUUUCUCUCUUUCUUUCUCUUGCUUGAUCUCUCUUCUUUCCUGCUCCCAUUUUUCAUCUCCUUUCCUUCUCUUUCUCUUUCCUUCUUUUCUUUUUCUUUCUUUAUUUCUUCUCUCCCAUUAGUGUGCAUCCAAUUGCUCCCCACCUCUCUGUUUUUCUCUCACAUUUAUCUUUUCCUUGCUCUUUCUGUUUCUUCUUCUCCUUUCAUCAAUUUACAUUUCCUUUCACUCCCUCUUACUUUAUUUUAUCUCUUUUUCUUUAUCUCUCAAGUUCUUCUUUGUUCAUCUUUUCUCAUGACAUUUCUUCCUGUCUAUAUUUCUUUCACUUUUUCUCUCGCUCUUCUCAACCCAAUCUCUCUUUCUCUCUCUCUCCUGUGCCUCACUUUCUCCCUACAUUAUUGGCGUUCUCAGCUAUCAGUUUCUUCAUAUCUAUCUAUCUAUCUAUCUAUCUAUCUCGUUCUCUUCAUAUCUAUCUAUCUAUCUAUCUAUCUAUCUAUCUAUCUAUCUAUCUAUCUAUCUCGUUCUCUUCAUAUCUAUCUAUCCAUCUAUCUAUCUAUCUAUCUAUCUCGUUCUCUUCAUAUCUAUCUAUCCAUCUAUCUAUCUAUCUAUCUAUCUAUCUAUCUAUCUGUCUCUUCAUAUCUAUCUAUUUAUCUCUUCAUGUCUAUCAAUUUAUCUGUCUCCUCAUAUCUAUCUAUCUAUCUAUCUAUCUCGUUCUCUUCAUAUCUAUCUAUCCAUCUAUCCAUCUGUCUAUCUAUAUUCUAUCUAUCUAUCUAUCUAUCUAUCUAUCUAUCUAUCUAUCUAUCUAUCUAUCUCAGUCUUUUCAUAUCUAUCUAUUUAUCUCUUCAAGUCUAUCAAUCUCAGUCUCUUCAUAUCUAUCUACCAAUCUAUUUCAGUCUCUUCAUAUCUAUCUCUCUAUCUUUCGUUCUUUUUUUUUUUUAA